AUGAGACGCUUCUUGACCAUCCGUGAAGGAUUUCAAGCUCUGGAUGCAGGUGGCGAGGGAACCAUUACCCUAAACGAACUGGUGAGCGGGCUCGAAAGAUACAAAUUUCUCCAUUUUUUUGCGAAACGAGUUUUCCGAAAACUCGAUGUCGAUGGAAGCGGCGACUUGAAUCUCAGCGAGUAAAAAUAUUUCAUUUUCUACUGUACGAGCACGUACGUCUGAAUAAACUGAAAGUCUGUCAUACUUCUGAUCGACCUUCUGAUCGACAAAGAAGUUUUCAUCUGCUUGUAGAUCUAUUGCUACUUGAUUUUGCUUGCCUCUGACCUUGCUGUACUAACAACAAAAAUGACAAUGUUGACCGUUUAAGUCUCAUGCCACUGACAGUCUGAUGAAGAGACCCGAAGGAAACCAUUACCAUCUUUACCAUCGUCACCACGACCACGUCCUCCAGAUUAAUCGACCUUAAAGAGGAAUGGGCACUGGUAGAAAACGAAAGGCAGAGCGUGACGAAAGCUGAGGUCGAUGCCAUGAAGGAGGGCUGGAAUAAAAAGGAGGCCAUCCUACGACGUUAUUACGAGGAGUCAAAGAAGAAAGCCGAGGAGCUGGAACAGCAAUUGAAGUUAAGCCCAAGAAGGAAGAUUAGAAGAAAAAUUCUGAUGGAUACUGAUGUAAUCUACUCGUACUCGUCAAGAAAAGUUGAUAAAGUAGAAGUUUUCUGAACAAGUUGAAAUCUUCUACUUUUUCCGGUGGUGCAGCAUCAAUAUAAACGGAUUAGUAGUUGUAAAUUUGUUUACAAUUAUAGAAUAUAAAGUAAGACUUGAGCUUCAACUCAAGAAGUGGAUUAACGACUUACUAACGCAAGCGCCUACAAUCUAAACAAUUCAUCGCUCUUCUUAUAAAUAGAUAUAGAUAAAUAGUAUUACUAGCUCUACUUCUACUAGUUAAAUAGAUGAAUAGCACUACAAGCACAAUGGAGUUUCUAAUCCUUGAAGGCGGAGGAGGUCGUGGAAAACGCGAUAUGGUGAACGAAGAAGAGCUGAAAAAGGUUCAAGAAGCUGCUGAGAAGGCAUCAGCGCAAUACGAAAAGAAAAUCACACACCUGGAGUCACAGCUUAGCGAAAUCGGAGAGGGCUAUAGGUAAAAAAGGCAGCAUCAGUUUCAUCUUGGAGAAUUUUUAUUCUAAUUUUUCUAAAGAAAGAUAUCUAUGACACCCCCGCGCAGCAGUCUGCACUGAAAACUGGGCGAGACUGAUUCAUUGUAUUGUAUGUGCUUAGCCUUUUAACUUGAUGUGCUCAGUCGAUACACUUCAUGAGCAUGCGGAUGAUCAUUGUAUUCGAAUUCGAGAACUGGAGGUGUUGAAGUUCGAGGACACUCUGCAUGCCAAUGUUGUUUUUCAUAUAUAUAUGAGUAUGAAUAGGAAUACAAUUACAACUUUUCCACACUUCUUCAGGGCUCUCGAGGAUAAAUGUGGCAAGAGUAUUUGGCAGAAUCGCCAGGACCUUGUCGAGGUGCAGAAAUUGAAGCGCGAGAAACAGGAGUUUGAGGCGCAUAUGGGGAAGCUUCAACGGAAAUACGACGCUUUAAAGCGGGUGCGAGACGCCAAUCAGUUUAUUAACGCAUUAGCCGGAGGAGGUGGUCGGGGGUCAAGCGACGAGGAUUAUCUGGAGGGUACCUUAAGGCUCCCCCCAAUUCAUCUCAAGGUGCAUAUCGAUAUCUGAGUGGUCCUUUUUCAAGGGAAAAACGCCUCAAAGAUGCCCUUCAAGAUGAAUGAAUAUAGGCAAGGUCGUCUAAGUGCCGGAGCCUAUGCAGCCGCUCCCGGCAGCCCAACAGCGCAGCGUGGUCCUCUCGCUAGCGCAGGAUUGAUGGUGCAAUUCGACCAAGACGGCGUUCCAGUGCCUGUACCACCAGGCUCGCCAAUUCUAGCCUCCACAUCCUCGCCAGGACGAGCCGCUGGAGGAGAGGCUGGCACAGAAGACGCAUCUCCGGAUUAAGGCUUCCCGGAAUCUUCCAUUUUGAAAAGCAUCAAUCUUCUUGGGCAACCCUCUAAGGGAAAAACAGAGGACCUUCCAAGGUGUCUUUCAAGAUCGACUCCGGGAAGAUCUAACCAAAGGGGGCCGCAGGACAACUCGGGGCGCCUGGUUCUACAGCAAGAAUCUAUCCGGCACCAGGCGGAAUUGUGCCCGCUGGCAUGGUCCCGGUUACGAUGCCUGGUGGCGUCCAGUGCUUCGCGGUACCCGCAGGUGCUUCGCUUCCCCCAGUGAUAGGACACGCGAGUCCGGCGACGACUGCUCCUGGCGCAGUAGCCGGCGGUGUGCACACUUUAAGGGUGGGCUUCAGAAGUUUCUGUUGCCAUUAUUUUUGCCUCUCUUUCCAAAGGGAACAAAAGUGUAAAAAUGAGGGGAGAAGCUAACACCAAAGUCCUACCUCUAAAAAACAGUAUUCCAAGCGGGCCUGGUAGUGUCCUGCUUCCGGGAGUCGAUGCACACGCGGACCCGCAAACGCAGGCGCUUCAACAGAUGGCGCAGUUGAUGCGGGAGGAGUCGGCAGGCAUACGAGAGGUCGCCUCAGCGAGUUUGUUCCAGAAGCUCGAAGGAAAAGAAGUGCCCUACCGCAUCAGAAACGAGACGAUCACUGGAGCGAAAAAGAGGUGGCAGCUUCUCUAUGCAGAUGCUGUUCACAGGAAAGUCGGCAACACAAGGAGAACAAAUGGUAUCUAUUAUAGUAUAAUUUUUAACACAGGUCGGCGAAGGUGGAGUUGGAGAACAAAUAAUGUUAUAUUAAUUACUAUUACAACUUACACAAAGACAAAUUAUAUAAUUAAUAUUUGUUGACGAUCAUGAACGACAACGAUAUGCAUAUGUGUAGUUGAAGAAUUUGGAAAGUUGAAAUGCUGCACUACCUAUAGUACCACGUCGCAGAAUCUGUCUCUUAUUUGAACAAUACCAUCGAGCACAAUUCAUUGAUCUUCGAUCAGAGAUGGACCACUUUCUUACGGAAAUUCAUGUUGGAUACGCCGACUAGGAGUAUGGAUGAAAUUGAAAACAAAAGUUCUUGAUUAUGGCACUUAAUUUCAAACUGAAAGUGAAACUCCAGCAUUUGUUCCUUCUUCGUUCUGGCAUCAUUCGAGUUUCGACAUCAAGGUCAUUCGCUUUCUCCGCGUCAUACGGGUCCACAUGUUGCGUCUCCUCCUCCGCUUGUGCACGAAUUGCGAGACGCGAUGGCGCAGGCCCCACAAGGGUCCUGGAGCUAUGAUUUCCGGCAAUUCGUGACGCCCAAGCAGGCUCCAGCACCGUACAGGCAGCCCGUCGACGCUCCGCCGUUUUCUCCGUCACGUCUGGUCACUAUGAACCCAGGCGUGAAUCCUCAGAUCCCAGUGAAGCACAGUAAUAUGCAGGCACGGCAAACGCAUCACGGCGGCUUUUUGCCGAAGCAGAUGCGCAAGAGCCUGAACGACAAGCGGCGACAACAGACCUCACUGAGUCCGCGACUGACCCCGCCGGGCAGUCCGCCCAUGUGGGCAGGCUUUCCACUGAGCAGUCCACUCGGCCCGCACAACCAUCAACCUCCGGGUGGUGCAAGUCGACGGUACCUGAUUCGCACGCCGCCGCAAGAUGCAACCCGUCUCGGAUCUGGAGCGUCGCAAUUCCAGAACAUCAACUACAUGUCAACCGAGCACCACGCGUCAACCGGUUCUUUAGGAGCAUCACCGACAAAUAUCACGAUUGGCGGAGAGACAAUAACAGCGGAAGCGAUGGUGAACCCGCGACAACCGCAGAUCGUUUCGCUUACGAUCGCGCCACCGAUGAACGGCAGGUCGCCCUCUGUAAAGGCACUAUCGCCGCGCAGGUCGCCCUCGCCGCGGCCGGAAGCAGGCCAAGCAAUGCCGCAUAUGAGUGACGAUGCAGCUGCAGCUCUCUCAAAAAACUUCGGACCUGCCUCUCCACGCAGAAGAAGAGACGGCGCGCUCCAAGUCAGCUACGAAGAUCCGAUCGAUCUCUACAACGUACUGUACGUAGACGAACUAGUAUUAUAUAUGUUAUAUAGUAAAUGUAAAAGUAAUAGUGUUAGUGAUGCUCAUUACUCAUAAUGUUAAGAUAAUGUUGAUUGAAGUUCUACUUCUGACUUCAUUCUUUUAUUUUUCCCUGAGGUCAUCUACUUAACAAGUCUAUUUGUAGUACUAAGAGGUCUAACAAGUAGUCUAUUUGUAGAAGUUGUACGCAGAUGAAAUAUUAGAUUCACAACUUUCACAUCCUCAUCUGAAUCUGUAUGAAUAACAAAAGUCUGUGUCUUCACCUUUUUGAUGCCCACUAACUUUCUUCAUAAAUGAUGGCUUUAAUUAUAUAUUGCUUUACUUUUCAUCUUGCUCUACUACUCCAACUCAUCCUUUCCAGGUAGCUCAAGCGUACCAGGCCUCAAGGACCCAGAGUCCGAGCGGGCGAGCAGGACACUCGGGAAGCUUAGAGAGUCCUUCAGCGAGUGUGAUCCUGGACGGACGACCCAAUCCCUUGCCGUCGAGAAGUAGCAGUCCGCGUAGUAGAAAAGCGCGAACAGAUCAUACCGCGUCAACGAUCAGUGAGGGGAAGAACGGUCUCGUGAGUCGCAUCAAUCUGUCUCUGUUAGGAGGCAACACAGAGAACCAGCAGCAGCAGUUACCUCAGGCUCAGGGGGGGCUCAUACUUAUGGCUUAGUACUGUUGUGAUUCAUUCUGAGAACGAGCAUUUUUGACCUCUUUUGUAAGGGGAAAUGGAAAACACGUCAACGAUGCUUACUACUUUCAAGAAGAUCGAUUAUUCUUAUUGCGAGCUCUAACAUACCUGGCGGUCUCAGUCUGACUUCUUCGAGUGUGCAUCAUCCGCAAGUUUCUACCGUGGAUCAAUUUGCGGCGCCGUUGCAAGUGGGAGCAGGAGUUCAACUUCCAGCACAGCAGCAGCAAAAUCGCGGAAGACAGCCUUCAUUACGGCUUUCCCUAAUCCAUCUUUGGAGGAAAAAUCUUGAUGUGAAACUGUUCGUUCCAUAAGGAGAACGAGAAAGGAAUUAAGUAACAUCAUCAAGAUGAAUGAUGAUGAUCUCAAGAUGGAUUAUCCGGGUAAUAAAGGUGAGCUCUAACUUUAGCACAAGGUGUAGGUGGCAGAGGGGGAUCCUCUUUGAGCCCGAAGCACAGCCCGCAAAAGCGUGGCGGCAUGACCAAGACGAGUUCGGUCGAAAUUGGGCCGUCAAGUAGUAUGAGUCUCGGCGUGCUGGAUGAGCCGCGCAGCGGAGCGGCCACGUCGGCAGCGCGCACUGGAUUUUCUGCGAACCCAUUGAUGGCAGCCACGUCGUCUUCUGUCGGUAGUAGCAAUUAUGUGUCUCAGCAACAGCAUUCAGGAGCUGCCGGCUCGUACACGGGACCGGGAAGCCGCUCAGGCGCAGCAGGCCACGUGCACCAUCAGCGACCAUCGGAGAACUUGCGCAACCGGUCGCUGGAGCGCGCACAGCAGUCUAUAAACGGCAUGAGCCCACGGUCGCAUGUGCUCACCAUCAGCAGCAGCAGCAGCGCGGCCACGAGACUCGGUUCACCAGGGGUCGUCGGCGUGAACGCACUGAAAAACGCGCCACCAGCUAGCAGUCUGACCGCGACCACAACGUCAGGCGGCUUCGGGCUCACGACCACGCACAGGAGCAUGGCAACAAACCGAACGAGCACCGCAGAACAAGGUGUUGACCGCCUGGCGAGCAGUACCUCUCGUGUGCCGACUCGUGCGGCAACGACAGCCGGCAGCUCCAAGAAACCACCGCAGCUGAACACCAGUACUCUCUCCCUCGAAUUCGCAGGGGAUCAACAGCAGCAGCUUGGCGGGACGCCUACGCUCGGACCAGAUCACCUGGUCUCGAAAUUAGUCGAAAUCAACCGCCAUUUGGGGGGACAGGCGCAGAGUGGAGGCGGUGGAAGCCUUAGUCCGAGAGGCAGAGUUAUGGACAGAAAGAACUACAGCUACAUAAGUAGAUGGACACGAAAUUAACUCAAAGCUAGGAUUAAUUAUAGAACUAGAAAGAAUAUAGCAGUUGAAGAGCAAGAAAGAAAAGAGCAGAAGUAGGAAGAAAUUCAAUACAAGUUUUACUUGUCAAAAGGUUAAGUGAGAGUGACUAGAUGAACUUCGAGUAACGUAAUCCAAUAUAAGUGAGUGCGCCCUCACUGGGCUGGUGAAUUAGAGUGUUGCUCGAGCUUUAUUUUACCGCAUUCGUCCUCGUCGAUGAUUUUUUUUCAUUUUCUGUGCCGCUGGUACGAUUCCUGGGGAGGCAGGUCGGAUUUCGCACUUCCCCGCCAUGAGUGCUAGCAGUAUUGGGGGGCCGCGUGCGGGUGCUUUGAAUCUAUUAAGGAUAGGUCUUAUGUACUAGGGUUGGGUAGGUUUUCAAAUAAAGGGUGCAGUUUUUCGUCUAGCAUUGGUUAGAUUUUUGCCAAGAAAGAUGGAUAAAAGCUGACCUUAGUAGAUUUAGAAGUAGCGGGGUUUUGUUGUUGUUCGCUUACCCCGUUUGGUAUGCUCUUCCCCCUUGGGAGAGUCAAAAAAAACGGUAACACGAACAACAACAAAACCCCGCUACUUCUAAAUCUACUAAGGUCAGCUUUUAUCCAUCUUUCUUGGCAUCUCGGACUCGGUACCCUUUUUCCUUGUAUUCUCAUGAAAUACAAGGUAAAAGCGGCCAAGAUAAGGGGGCUGAGAUGCAAUCUAGCAGACCCUAAGUCUAGCCAUAGCUGGACCAAAAACCGCAGGAGCUACGCCCGAUUUCGGCAUGUCCCUAGUUGCCUCCGGAGGAGGCGAUCAGCAUCACGUCUUUGAAGCGCUCCCACCAUCCCACGUGCAUACACAGAACAGUUAUGAUCUUGCUUUUUUUGACUAAGACUACAAAUGGAGAUGCAGCAUUUUGAUUUUGUUUUUGAUGAAUUCGAAAAUAGAAAUAGUUGUAUGUAUGUUCAUCAUGAUCCACUUCAACUUGUCCAUGUCGAAGGUGAAAAUAAGCCUAGCAGCUUGCUACGAAAGAUUUGCGAAAAGUAAAACUAUAAACAACAAGAGUAGAAGGACCAGCAGGGCCAGUUGUAUUAAUUCGUUUUCAUGAACAAGGGAAAACAUUAACAUCCAUAAACUCUAUCUCUAAUUCGGCUUUUUCAGUCCUGCGAAGAAACUUGUCGGUAGUGCUAGCUUCAAUCCUGGAUCAGUGGGUACCGGAUCUCUACACAAGUCCCCGUCAAUGUACAAGGUUCCAGGUGGCCGAUACAUACCCAAGAAAGAACUUCCUGCGACUCUAUCAGCAUUGGAGGUAAAAACUAGUUGUACAACCGACAACACGACUUCAUUGAUUAUUGAUUACCAGAACCGUAUGAAUGUGUAUGUCUUUUUGCUCUCAUUCUCCUACUCCUUAUCCGAAUCGUUCCUCGUCACACCACCUAACACUAGCUCCAAAGUUGUCCCGAAAACUAAAUAUCCAAAUAUGUAUCUUCUAUAAUACAAAUACAGAUCAAUAUUAUCUUCUAUGAUACAGAUCAAUACGAACAAUGCGAAAGCUCCUUCCCUCGCAGCACCACCGGCUCUUCCCGAAGCGGCAAGACAGGUAAAUGCAACAGUGGCGGAACAAGACCCGCUAGGGGAUACUAGCUUGCCGCAUCAUAACAACAUGAGUACCAUGUCCUGGGACCCGAGGGAUCCGCCAGGCAAAAAGGCUCUGCCUAGCACCUUCGCGAUGAAAAAAUCCCCUUCCAAGAGACGAAACUCGAACUCUACAGCAACUCUCGCGGCUCCCGUUUUGUUAAGACCACGUCUAAAAAUCAAAUAGAACCACGUAGAAGAACUACCAAGGGCAACAUAUCAAGAGCGACUUUAUUAUGUCGGUCAAGACUCUAAUUCUUAGCCCAUUCAAAACGGUGGACCAGUGGGCUAACAAAGCGGGUUCCGGAGCUGAUUGA